CAUGUGAUUUGUUUUGGAGGCGGAUUGAGACCUAAGGAUUUGAAGAGCUCAACUUCCACAAAGAAUGCAAAUGAUGCAGAUUUGGAAGCUCAAUUGAGACGAUCAGAUGAAGAAAAGGAAGCUCUUCAACAAACUGUUACCGAGUUGAAAGAUACUGUUACUGAACAAGCUGAAGAGAUGGCCAAUAUGAAAGCUGAAAUGAAGAAGUUGCAAGAGCUGUUCGAAAGUAGUCAAAAUCGACAACAUUAGAAGUGCAACAUAAGGUGGUCGGCUGAAAGAAAGGUGAAGCACAAGAAGAGUAGUUCAACCUUGCACAUUAUCGAGUGCAAUGUCAAUUUUGUUUUGAAGAAACCUAGAAACUACUAUAGCUAAUUUUGUUGAAGCAUUGGUAUUUUGUGAUAUGAUGGAUUAGAUAGGUUCCAUGUCCCCCAAAUGCUUCCAGAAUGCAUUCUUAAUUGUAAACUAACGUUGACAAGUAAAUUAUAUAUAUAUUG